ACGCGCUGUGUUGCCGUUCCUCCCGCACCAGCGAGGCGCCCGCGACGCGAACCAAAUCCAGUUUAAAACGCACGACGCGCAUAGCGACUCUUCUUCCGGCGACUGAAACCUCAACACGGAGGCUUCCGCGGAGCCACGUCACCCAACCUAGCCGUGCGCCGACGGCCCGCCAUCACCAUGGCUACCCCGCCGCCAGCAAGGCCGGCGAUGUCCCACUCCUCCGCCUUCCUCCUCCCUUCCUCCGCGCCCCGCACCGGCUCCGCGGACGCCUACGCGGUUGUCGUCCUCAACCAGCGCCUGCCCCGCUUCGCGCCCCUCCUCUGGGCCCGUGCUCAGGUGCGGGUGUGCGCCGACGGGGGCGCCAAUCGCGUGUUCGACGGCAUGCCGGAGCUGCUCCCGGAACAGGACGCCGACGAUGUGCGCCUCAGAUACAAACCAGAUGUAAUCAAAGGGGAUAUGGAUUCAGUACGACCAGAAGUGAAGGAAUACUAUUCCAAUUUGGGCACCAAAAUAGUUGACGAAUCACACGAUCAGGACACCACUGACUUACACAAAUGUGUAGCAUUUAUCGCUCAGAAUUCACUCGUCUCCGACGUAUCUAAUCUAUGCAUCCUUGUCCUCGGGGCCCUAGGAGGGAGGUUUGAUCACGAGAUGGGGAACAUCAAUGUACUUCAUCUUUUCCCAAAUAGCAGGAUCGUCCUCCUAUCGGAUGAUUGCCUGAUCUUUCUGCUCCCAAGAACGCACACUCACAAUAUCCACAUUGAACGGUCCAUUGAGGGGCCACACUGUGGGUUGAUCCCCAUAGGCGCACCUUCAACUAGCACCACGACCACUGGUCUCCGGUGGAAUUUAGAUAAGACGUGCAUGAGCUAUGGUGGAUUGAUUAGCACAUCGAACGUCGUUGAUGAGGACCAGGUUACGGUCACUUCAGAUUCUGACCUGAUCUGGACAAUAUCGCUCCGACAUUGAGCUUAUGUGCAGCACAAUUGUGCCAUUGUCCCGGUACAUCCAGCAGUGAUGACAAUAGAUACAGGCGCAUUUGAAUUACAAGCCUUGCAACAUGUAAUUUUGUAGUUUUGGCAACCAAAUAUACAUAUUUGGCACUGUAUCUACCAAAAAAAUAUGAAUGCAUGUGGAAAUACAUGUGCUAUGGCAUCUUUUGCAAAUUACUACUCCCUCCGAUC